AUGCAACACGUCGAUUCGGAGAAAGUGAUUGAAAACGUCUAUAAAGUGUUGGUGUCCCUCCCAAUUAUGCUGAAAUCCAGAUGGGAUAUGUUGACGUUGUUGGCGAGCUCAAGAAUGAUUACACAUCUGGAUGAUAUACUGUUCAAGGAGGUGAUGUCGUGUGCUCCGGACCAAGAUCUCGCCGCCCGCUGCUCCAGUAUGGUUCUUCAGAUGGCCUCGAAUCCGAAGACGUCGGAAAGAGCGGCUGGAAUUAUUUAUAGAGGUCUCACCUCGCCAGUCUUCUCCGUCCGUAACAACGUACACCGUUCGUGGCUCUGUCGUCUCAUCAAUAUGAAAAGUUCACUGAAAUGUAUCGAAACUAUUCUGAAUCUGUGUCGGACCGAAGUUUGUAAGAAUCAAUCAAAAAUGUGGCCGGUGGCAUUCCGUGAAAUUGCCGGACUCACUUGCGUCGAUUUGGAAUGGAAAGCGGUUUUGGAGGAGGAGCCGUACGAUACACUCACUUUUGCACUUUUAGCCUAUUUUGCUGUAUUAAUUGCAUUGAAACAUACGUCAAGUCAAGUACACAUCAAAUUGAAGUCUAAUGAUGAGGUUGUGCUGAGAGGGAUCGAAUAUUUCGGCGCGGUGGCCGCAAAACAGGCGUUCAUCGUGUGUUCCAAAUACAAAAUCUAUCCGGAACCCCUUGAAAAAGCGAUAAUCUGUGAAAUGUCGUCCAACCGUAACCCGGAUAUCUACGAUAUAAUUGACGAGGAAAUGGUGAAAAGUUUCAGUCGAGAGACGCAAAUGCUCUUUACGAAAGAGAAAUUGAAAUAUUUGAUCGCCGAGCAGAAAAGUCAUCAGGCGGAGAUUAAGAAAUUGGAGGCGAAAGGCGGAGAAUUGGUCGCAAAACUCGAUAAAUUCUAUCCGGCGGAAGAUGAUGGGUGUUGGAGGGUUGAGGUCAACUUGAAUUCUGAAUCCGCUGCGUUGAAGACGUUGAAUAGGUUCCUGAAGAUUCAGCACCCAACAGAGGAGUAUCCAUCAGUUGCGGCCGUCAUGGAACACCUCUCUCGUCAGAAUAUCGACGAACGACUAUUCUGUCAGAAAAUGACGAUAAUCAAUGAUAUUGUCAGACAACAUUAUAAUGAGAGGAGAUUCAGUCGAAAGACUUACUCGGAAUUAGUUUUCACUAUGAUUACCAAAAUUCCGUUGAGGGCAGUCGUCGACUACGUCGGGAUGACAAUCAAACUGGAAUGCCUAAAAGAGAUAAUGCUUCGUGAGAAGAUAUUUCUAAUGGCAUGUAAUUUGAUGAAAUUGGAAGACGAGAAUGCUCGUCCCCUCUCACUUUUUCACUGUUUCAUCUCAACUUGCUAUGGAGAACCUGUCAAGAUUACAGAAGUCUGGAAUAUUGUUAAAGAUCUGAAAUGUGGAAUUAAAAAGAGAAAAAUGGCUGAAAUGUUGGCCAAAGUCGUGACGAGCAAUGAGAUUCAAGUUGAAAUCGAAGACCUCCAUGAUAUGGUAUUGUGUUGUUUGGGUAUUCAUCCACAACGAUUCGACAUUGAAUCCACUCAAUUAUACGUGGCCGCCCUCUCGAAACUUCUGGAUUUCCGAAAUGAGACGGAACGGAUUCUGUUGUUUGAGGCGAUUGCGACGACACCCACUAUUCUGGAAUUGAUCCAAGACAUUCUAUGCCACCCGGCGGCGUCAUUCUCGAACUCAGCCUUCCAAAUGGUUCUCUAUUUCUUCACUCGUUUCCACGUCGGCGCCCUCCAAUUCUAUCCGGAAUCCCAUCUUCGUACCAUCGCUCAAAUCGUCAAUUUCUGUCACUGGUCGAUUCGAAAAUUCGCCGGAGAACCAAUGAUUCUGAGUAUCGCAAUCGACGCCAUUUGCGGAUAUCUUCCGUGGAGUUAUUUGAGAGAAAAAGCACUUUUGAACGAUGGAGGAGCCGAUGAGUUGGAGGAUCCUGUUGAGAAAUUGAUUGUCAAAAAUUUGAGACAUAAUCGAUAUUGCGUGCUGCUCGCCGAGCACGACAAAGAGGACAAAAUGAUGACGGUGGAGGAUUUCGAGCAGCUGCCGCAAGCUCAAUUCAUUGUUGAAAUUCUCAAAAAUAAGGAUAAGGGACAAGACCAAUUGAACAUUUUGGCGCGAAAAUUGGCGACAAUGGUGCCAAAUUCGAAGGCGUUCGAAGAGAUUCACGCGGUUUGGCUCGCCUACGGACUCCUCUCGGACAAGGCGUUGGAGUUGAUUGAUGAGGCCGAGAAGUUUAAGGAUACGGGCGUUUCAGGCAAUUCGGGCCCGGUUUUAGACUUUCCAAAAGACUGGAAAAAGCGUAACCCGUCUCGAACUUUGAUGGACGCUCUCGUCGACGUCGGCGCCGGAUUCCACACGUCCGUCUCGGAUCUCCGAAUGGCAAACUCGUGGUUGGACAAGGGACUCGGCAAAAUUCAAAUUCUAACGGAUCGAGAGUUUUGUCUCGACGAUUGUCCUCCGUAG